AUGGUAGUAACAGAAGGGCAAAUCGAAACGAACCAUGAAAGGAAAAAGCAAAAAUACAGGAAGGAGAAACCUUGGGAUAAUGAAAACAUAGACCAUUGGAAAAUAGAUAAGUUCACGAGAGAAGAUAAUAAGAAUCAUUUCCUGGAAGAAUCAAGUUUUAAGGUUUUAUUUCCAAAAUAUAGAGAAAAGUAUUUGCAACAAUUCAGUACAGAUAUAAAGAAUGCCUUAAAUAAUCAUUUCAUAAAAUUCGAAAUUAAUUUAAUAGAAGGAUAUAUGUGUGUUAAAACAACGAAGAAAACAUUCGAUCCUUAUAUUAUAAUAAAAGCAAGAGAUAUGAUUUCUCUACUUUCGAGAAGUGUCCCAUUUAGUCAUGCAAAAAGAGUUUUGGAUGAUGAGACAUUUUGUGAUAUAAUAAAAAUAAGUACUUAUGUACGAAAUAAAAAUAAAUUUAUUAAAAGAAGACAAAGAUUGUUAGGAAGUAAUGGAACUACAUUAAAAGCACUCGAAAUUUUAACAAAUUGUUAUAUAUGUGUUCACGGAAAAACUGUUAGUGUCAUUGGAUAUUUUAAAUCCUUAAAAAUUGUACGUAGAAUUAUAAUCGAUUGCAUGAAAAAUAUACAUCCAGUUUAUCAUAUUAAAGAAUUAAUUGCCAAAAGAGAAUUAGAAAAAAAUGAAGAAUUAAAAAAUGAAAAUUGGGAAAAACUACUCCCAAAUUUUAAAAAAAGAAAUGUACAAAGAAAAAAAAUUAAACAAAAAAUAGACAAAAAGAAAAAUGGAAAGAAAGAGAACAAGUCCAUCUUCCCCCCUGAUCAGUUGCCUCGUAAAAUUGACAUUCAGAUGGAGACUGGAGAAUAUUUUAUGCGAUCAAAUUUCAAGAAGCGAAAUAAAAACUCAACCAAAUCGGAACUAACACAGAGGGAAUCCUCUCCAUAG